AUGGCCGACGCUCGCGCCCUGUUGCGCCAGCAACGGGCUGCCCGCCGCAUCACACACCCACAGGCCGCCUACUCCGACACGGGGAAGCUCCUCUGCACCCUCUGCCGCGAACAGGUCCGGUCAGAGAACCUAUGGGAGCCUCACCUGAAGAGCGAAGGCCACAGGAAGCGGGCGUCCGCGCAGCAGCACCAGCAGCAGCCAGACGAUGAAUCCUCGAUAGCAGCGCCCCAGCCGACGACAGCAGCCCACAAGAGGAAGUUCGACGAGGACGAGGAGAUGGGCGAUGCCGCGGACAGCCCCGAGUCCCAGGCGAGGAGGAAACGGAGCCGUCCAGAGACUGCCUCUCCUGCCUCCGGCGCCGGUCCAGACGACACCGGCAGCACCAAGGGCCCUCCCUCGACAGCCAGCGGGCAGAACGGCACCCCGAAAGAGCAGCUGGAUCAGAUAUCUACGCCUCCUUCUCUCACACGCCGCUCCUCCACCACACCCUCCCAAGGCGUCGAGGUCCAAAUACCCUCGAGGCCAGCCACGCCGCGCGACUCCAAUUCGAACUCCGCCUCCACCACUAAGACACUCCCUUCACGGCAGGCCAGCACCGCCCAGCUAUCUGGUGUACCCACGCCGAUUCCCGAGAACCAAGUGCCGAAGCAGACUGCUACUGGUACCUCCUCGGCAACGGGAAACAACACCAGCAAGACCGACGCCCAGAAACCCCAGGUCGACGAGGACGAGUGGGCCGCCUUCGAGGCGGACAUAGAAGCCGCUUCCUACGACCAGGACGAAGCUACAAUCUCCGCCCCGGCCAUGACCGCCGCCGAGUCCGCGGCCGCACAGGCUGGAGCGGAGGAGGAAGACGACGGCGAUCUCCGUCGACGGAAGACGGCGCUCGAGGCGGAGCUCGCCGCCGAGCAGGAGGAUGCCAGGCGGGCGUUCGAGGACGAGAUGGACGAGAUGAACAACCUCGAGGCCAAGGUGCUGCGGCUGAAGGAGCAGAGGGACGCACUCAGGCGGCGUCGGGCGGAGAGCCAGGGCCAGCAGGACUCCGUCGAGGCGCAGCAGAAGACAAAGACGCUACUGGGCAAGGAGAACGCGGGCAACGCCGCCGUGGCGGAGGAAGGCUCGGACGAGGAGGACGAGGAGGACGAGGAUGAAGAUGACUGGGAUGGGUUCCGGUUCCGGGCUGCGGUGGCACGGUAA